AUGCCCUCACGGCUCAUAAUUUUAUUGCUCAUAUGGGUGCCUAGCGACGUCAUCUCCCGAAAUCCGUUCCUACUAGGCUAUGAAGAAGCCAAAGCCGUCGAAUUUUCAGCAGGCGAAAAGGAGAAUGCCAGGCGGCUUGCGAAGGAGAUGUUCUAUUUUGGCUACGACAAUUAUAUGGCCUAUGCCUGGCCGAUGGACGAGUUGGAUCCGAUCCACUGCACCGGGCGAGGACCCGACAGAGAGCAUCCUGAAAAUAUCAAUAUUAACGAUGUGCUCGGCGACUAUUCGCUAACCCUGAUCGAUUCUUUGAGUUCAUUGGUGGUUUUCGACGAUCCCGACGAGUUUCAGUCUGCAGUUAAAACUGUUAUUAGCACCGUCUCGUUCGAGCGGAACUCGACGGUACAGGUCUUCGAAGCGACGAUCAGGGUCAUCGGUAGCCUCCUAUCAGCCCACAUGUUCGCUUCUUCAUCCGCCACAGGACCGUUCUCUCGCUUCGUGAUCCCCGGCUACCAGGGCGAACUUUUAUCGAUGGCUCAUGACCUAAUUGGGCGCUUGAUGCCUGCUUUCGAAGGCACACGGACGGGGCUACCUUAUCCGCGCGUCAAUCUAAUCGAUGGAGUUUUGCCUGGAACGAUCAAUGAGACCUGCACUGCAGGUGCUGGCAGCUUACUAUUGGAAUUCGGCAUCAUAUCACGUCUCCUUGGUGAUGAUACAUACGAGCUGAUGGCGAGAAGGAUUAACGAGCGGCUGUGGGAAUUGAGAAAUCCCUCAACGGGAUUGUUAGGCAAUGUGAUCGACAUCCAGACGGGUCUCUGGAAGGGCCAUUUGAGCGGACUAGGGGCUGGCCUCGAUUCUUUCUACGAAUAUUUGUUAAAAGCAUUCAUAAUGUUUGAUGAGCAGCGCGAUCUGCAUCUUUUUAAUGAAGCCUACAAAAUAAUUUUGGAAAAUUUGCGGAGGGGAAGGAUAAGUUGCCGAGGGGAAGGAGAACCGCCAAUUUAUGUCAAUGUUGAUGCUCGUGAUGGGAGCACGUUGAACACCUGGAUUGACGCACUGCAGGCAUCAUUUGCUGGGGUUCAAGUGCUGGCUGGCGACGUGGAAGAAGCAAUCUGUCAUCAUGCUAUCUAUUACGCCGUCUGGAAGAAGUACGGAGCGCUUCCCGAACGCUUCAACUGGCAUCUGAAGGCACCGGACGUUUCAUUCUACCCGUUACGGCCGGAACUCGCUGAAUCCACCUAUCACCUCUAUCGAGCGACGAAGAACCCUUUUUAUCUCCAUGUGGGACGAGAAAUUAUGGAAAGCAUCAAUGCCAAAAUGAAGGUUGAAUGCGGUUUCGCGACUGUGCACGACGUUUUUGACGGUAGUCUAGAAGAUCGCAUGGAGUCGUUUUUCUUGUCGGAAACAAUGAAGUACCUAUAUUUGCUCUUUGACGAGACGAACCUGGUGAAUGUCCAUGGGGAACGGCUACUAUUUUCUACCGAGGGCCACAUCUACCCGAUUGACGACCGAUUCCGGAAGCCAGCAGAUCGUAUGCGACGCGAAGAUACGAGCACCAGAAAGAAACCGGUGAAGCGGAUCACCGGCGAGCAAGCGCGCAUCAUAAUCGAGACCCACACGCUGGUGAAGAAGAGCGACCCGGUGCCCGGUUAUUCGCGACCCGCAGGAAAUGUCUCCUGUGAAUUCCCGUCCCCCAUCAGCAGACACUCGCCUCCACUUCCGCUAUCGCUAUUCGCGCAGCUCUUCCAGUCGGUCGGCAUCUCGUCCUCGAUUGAAUACUGUGACUGGGCGAUGGCCCAGGUCGAGCUCGGAUGGCGGCGCUUCAACUUCUUCGAUAAGUUUGUGAUUAACGACCCGGAAAAGCCGAACGAGAAAUUCCUUGGGUUGAAGGAUGUCUCCGUUGAAACCUACGCGACGUUGGGGGAAAUUGUCUGCCUUGGCGAAGAGAAGGGAGGCAUUUUUCGCGUCACCAGAGAUUUCAAGGAAGACUACUGGCGCUCCUACCAACACUCUCUAUCGCAUUUGACGGCCGUCGGCUCGAUCCUUCUCUCUGUCGGGGAAGAUGGGCCUUCCGAUGGUUCUCAACUCAAGCUCUGGGACACCACUCGUUUUGAGAAAGGGUUACCACCUGUUCUCCGGGCAAUAAGAGUAGGCCACCCGCAGGCCGGUACUAGCACCUCCUGCACAAUGGUUGCGGCAGAGAGCCAUUUGCGGGCCGUCGCUGUCGGCUUCCACGACGGUACCGUGGCGGCGUACAUCGGCGAUGUGUUGAAAGAUCGUGCGGUUAACGGGCAAUGGUUGAAGGUGCGCGAGUCGACUCCCCAGGAAGGCGCCAUCACUGGGUUGGCUUUGACGGCCAUUUCUGAUUCGGUGUUUGUGCUGUUUGCCCUGACCAGCCGGAUCAUCAUCAGCUACGUUAUCGAGAACAAAGUUGUCGUGCAGAAGCAACGUCACAACUUGAUGAACGGUGCCUCGAAAAUGUGUUGGGCGUUUGAUGAGGGCAAAAAGGAGCUGAUUGUGGCGAGUAGAGAUCUCGUCUACUUCUACAGCGCACAACAAUGUUUGGAGCCUGAUGGUGCCGAAGGUCGCUGCCAUGCCCUCGGACGGGCACACGAUACAUUGCAACUUGUUCAAGCGGGCGGAUACAUCGCCCUUGUCACGAAACAACCGGCUAUAAUUCCAACCCCGGAAGCCGAGUGGAUGUCCGUCGUGACGGUGUACGAUGUCACCGACAAAUACAUUGGCUUCUCGUGCUCACUGCCUUCUUCUUGUACCCUAUUUCGACUAGAUGAAACGAUUAUGCUAUUGAGUAAAGAUGGCUCACUGUCCAAAUUGAUGCCAAAACACCUGAAUACCAGAUUGGAGCUGUUAUAUCGCAAGAACUUCUACGAUGUCGCGAUUAGCCUCGCCGAAAAGAGUGAAGAAGCUCGUGAACGUUUGCCAACAAUCCGAGCAAAAUACGCCGAUCAUUUAUACGACAAGGGUGACUUCGCGAAUGCCGCGGAACAGUACAAGGAGACUAUCGGCCACCUCGAACCGUCAUACGUCAUCAAGAAAUUCCUCGACGCCUCAAAGAUUCAGCAGUUGUGCACGUAUUUGGAGGCUCUGCACGCGAAACGCAAAAAUAAUACGCAUCACACGACGAUCCUCAUCAACUGCUAUGCGAAAAUGGGUGAUCAGGCCAAGAUCAAGAACUUUAUCGAGAAGCUGUCACCGGAGACUUGUGAUUUAACUAACGCAAUUAAUGUGCUUCGAAACUCUCGGUUGUACAGUCCAGCCUCGUAUUUGGCGGUAAAGCAUGGAUUGCAUGGUGCUCAUUUGCGGAUGUUGAUCGACGAUCAGGCUAAGUACGACAAGGCAAUUCGUCACAUUGCCCAUCUCGAUCCGCUGCUGGCAGCCGAAUACAUUGAAGAACAUGGCCGAACACUCUUGAAGGCUUUACCGGAAGAGACGAUGAAUUUAAUAGUUUCCACUGUUGAUGCCGUCAAAGAAAAUUUCGACCCAUCCUGCUUCCUGAAGCUUUUUGUCACCGACCAGGAGAAUAGCACCAAAUUUAUCCAGAGCAUCAUCGACAAGUCAGAAGAUGAUCUGAUUGCCGCCGUAUCGCCACUGAUCAAAGCUGACAACGUGGAGCAAAUUUUGCAAUUGGCCCAAAUGUUCAACUGCGCCCCGUUGCAAUUGUACAUCCUGAAGAACCGGUUGGAGCGAUCCGACGAGCUCGUCCAAUACCACAUCAAGCAGGGCAACAUUCAGGAUGUGUUGAAGCGGUGCAGAAUCAGCAAGGAUCGCGAUCUCUGGUUGGAAGCGCUCGUCUUCUUUGCCCAACUUAGCCAACCGAUUGAGGAUCGUGUGCUGAAGGAGCUGUUCGAUUCAUUGGCUGCAGAUGAUCUCAUUCACCCGCUUCUCGUGCUCGAAAUUUUGUCGAAGAGUGAAACGAUAAAGGUUUCGUCGGUUCGAGAUUACGUCAUUCGCUGGCUACAGGACCAGGAAAGAAAGAUUUCGGAUGAUAAGCGAGCCAUCGCCGAGUGUGAAAAGCGGAUGCUGGAGGUGCAAAACGAGACCGAGCAACUUCAAUUCAAGGUCCAAACCAUCCAGUCGGCCAAGUGUUGCGCUUGCGCGACGGCGCUCCAGCUGCCAGCCGUCCAUUUCCUUUGCAAGCAUAGCUUCCAUGUACACUGCUUUGAGUCGUACGUCGAACAGGGGGAUAGCUGCCCGGCCUGUGCUACAAAAUAUGCGACAAGCGAGCAACGAGCCGAAGAGAUGCAGAAGCUGCUGAAAAAGAAGGCGCACCACGAAUUCCGAGCACAGCUGCAAUCGAGCUCGGACGGGAUGCGCGUGGUGGCCGACUAUGUGGGCAAGGGUCUAUUCACGGUACAGCCCACCGUCUAUCACCAAGCGCCCGGAUCUGUGAGGGCGAACCCCUCGCGAUCGACCGACAGUCCGCGCAACAACAACCCAUUUGAAGAUGACGACGCCGACGAGAAGUCGUCAAAUACUCCGAGUUCUGAGCGAGUGCUCUCCGGCGCCAGUUCACUACGCGCACCACGUGCCUACAAUCCAUUUGACGAACCGACCCCGACGACUACCGGAAAUAACCCCUUCGACGAUCCAGCUUCUCCAAAGAAGCUCACCAAAACCAAUAAUCCAUUCGAUGACGAA